AUGUCGUCUGCUGUCCGCUACCUCUACCACGAGUCGGGACUCUCGGCCCUCGUCGCCGCCGGGCCCGACGCGUGGCUCAUCAUCCUCUCCCGCUCCACCCGCAUGUUCGCCUACGGCGGCUCGGCCCUCGUGCUCGCCCUGCUCCUCGCCGCGUUGAACGUCUCCGAGGCCCGCAUCGGCCUGUUCAUGACCCUGACGCUCCUCGGAGAUGUGGUGCUGUCACUCUGCACCACGCUCGUCGCUGACCAGCUCGGGCGGCGGGCGACGCUGAUCGGCGGUUCGCUCCUGAUGAUCUGCUCGGGCGUGGUGUUCGCACUCUGCGACAGCUACUUGGCGCUCCUGGUCGCCGCCAUCGUGGGAAUCGUGUCCGCGACGGGUGGUGACAUCGGGCCCUUCCGGGCCGUGGAAGAGUCGACGCUGUCUGGGCUGUCCGGCCCGGAGAGCAGAGCGGAUGUGCUAGUGUGGUAUGUCACCAUGUCGGGACUGGGUUCCGCGGCUGGCACGGCUGCGUGCGGCCAGUUCGUCGAGUGGCUACGGAAAAAGGAUGGCUGGGAGCUUGUGGAUGCGUACCACGCUUGUUUCUGGGUGUAUGUUCUGAUGGGCGCCAUCAGCGGCGGGAGCACGAUGCUACUGUCGAAGAGGUGCGAGUUGAGUGGGGAGCAGGCCCUCAAGCAGGAGGCCAUCACAGACGAGAACGACGACGACGAUGACGAUGACGAGACAGGGGAGCCUUUCAUCGAGGGCCAGCAGAGCGGACAGACCAGCCGAGGCCCUGCAGGCAGGGACAAGAAGGGCUGGCUGGCCCAGAUCUCGCGCGAGACCCGCUCCGUCAUGUACGCGCUGUGGUUCCUCCUCAUGGUCGACUCGCUCGCCGAUGGCAUGACCAGCAUGGCCCUGACGACCUACUACAUCGAGCUCAAGUUCCACCCGACCAAGUCGCUGCUCGGAGGCGUCCUGUCCGCCGCCUACUUUAUCGCCUCGUGCUCUGCGAUCUUUGCCGGCCCGCUGUCUCGCCGCAUCGGCCUCGUGAGCACUAUGGUGUUCACCCACAUCCCGUCGUCGGCCGCCGUCUUGUUCUUCCCUCUGCCGCAGGGGAUAGCGCUGACCUUUGCACUGCUGCUGCUGAGGAUCGGUCUCAACAACAUGGACCAGGCGCCCCGGACGGCGCUGAUCGCCGCCGUGGUGCGGCCCGAGGAGAGGACGGCCGUCAUGGGCAUCACCAGCAUGCUGCGCACGCUCGCGAUGAUGACGGGCCCGAGCAUCACGGGCCUGCUCGCCGGCAACGACCAGUUCUGGAUCGCGUUUGUCGUGGCAGGCGCCCUGAGGCUGGCAUACGAUCUGGGGUUGUUUGUCAUGUUCAUCAACAUCAAGCUGCACAAGCAUGAGACGACGCGGGGGACCGAGAGCGCCGGGCACUAUGCUCUUGUGGAGCAGCAAAGGCAUUCUGGGAGCGACGAUGACGAUGCGGAAGAGCGUGGCGAGCGCUAA